GGCCAACUUGACUGAAGUGUCACCAGGACGACACAGACAGACUUUGUUAAAGUUUCUGAGCUGGUGUCUCCCGGUCCAGACAUGGCCCCCAGCACGCAGUUGAAAGAGGCAAUAGCCGAUAUGCAGGAGGGGAUCCGUGCCAUCCUGCUCGGACCACCCGGAGCCGGGAAGGGAACUCAGGCCCCUCGGCUUGCAGAGCAGUACUGUGUUUGCCACCUGGCCACUGGAGACAUGCUGAGGGCCAUGGUGGCUUCGGGCUCCGAGCUCGGCAAGAGGCUCAAAGAGACCAUGGAUGCUGGCAAACUGGUCAGUGAUGAGAUGGUCGUGGAGCUCAUAGAAAAGAACUUGGACACGUCGGCCUGCAGAAACGGCUUCCUGUUGGACGGGUUCCCUCGCACAGUCAAACAAGCAGAGAUGCUGGACAACUUGUUGGAGAAGAGACACGAGAAGCUGGACUCUGUGAUCGAGUUUGUCGUUGAUGACUCUUUGUUGGUGCGCAGGAUCUGUGGCAGACUAAUUCAUCAGCCAAGUGGCCGCUCCUACCACGAGGAGUUCAACCCCCCCAAAGAGCCCAUGAAGGAUGACGUGACAGGUGAGCCGCUCAUCCGCCGCAGCGACGACAAUGAGACGGCGCUGCGCUCCCGUCUGGACGCCUACCACCGGCAGACCGUCCCUCUGGUGAAGUACUACAGUGCCAGGGGCCUGCACACGGCCAUCGACGCCGCCAAGAACCCAAGUGUCGUCUUCUCCUCCAUCUUAGCUGCUUUCUCCUCUGCCACGGAAACCCCCGCCCGUGCCACCGCCUCUGGUUGAAUCCUGAGCUGCUCCGUUUGCCACCGAGGUGAAGGAUUGGAGUUGGCAAAAGAUCUCGGGUGGGUGGACAGAUGGAGGGAGGGAAUCAGAAAUUCGAGGGAAUUAGACUUCAUAAGUUGAGGUUAAUAUUGCCGUGCUGUGAGGCUCGUAGUUGAAAAGCUUAUUGUCAUAUUCCUCAUGUUUCCCCUCCUAAUAAAUCUCACACUUCCCUGCAAUUGUCA